AUGAAAAAUAACUCAUUUACUAUAUUGAGCUUCAUAACAUUGAUAAUAAUGAUGAAUGGAGUGUAAACUUAAACACUUGAUGAAUUAAAAGAGAAAAUUGUGAAUGAAUGGAAGAGUCUUUCAUUAGAAUUGAUACCAAAUUAAAUAUAAGACACAGUUGUUGCUGAAUAUUAAAGAAGGGAAUGGAAUUUCACAUAAGAAUUUGAAUUUUCAACAAAGAUAGAAAAUUUUAAUGAUUAUUCUGGGAAAAAUAGAACAACAUCAAUUGAAGGAGUAGGUGUAAUUACAUUUUAAAGUGAAAGUGAUGUAAUAAAAGGUGCAUACUUAUGUUAAUUCACAUUUAAUAAGUCAGCUAUAAUAACUUUACAUACAGAUGAAUUAGUGAAUGCAUUUAAUUAAUUAGAAAAUGGAGAUAAACCUUGGGUUAAAGAUUAACCUAGAAAUGUUACAACAUUAGCUGUUCCAGUUUUUAAUAAAUUAGCGAAUUAGUUUUUUAUAGCAUAUGAUUUAAUUUACAUCAAAGAUAAUUAUCUAUACAUGGGAGAAGUUGAUGCAUUUGGAAAUGAAGCCACUUAAACCUAACCACCAAAAGGAUUAUGUGCUCCAUUAAUUCCUUUAAAUGAUGAUGUUGAAUCAUUAAGUUUAGAAGAACUUAAAGAAGAAAUGAUUAAUGGUGUUUGGAGUAGUAUGACUAAAGAAAUCAGACCAGGAAGAGAUGCAAAUAAUUAAUUAACUACAAUUUAUAUUACAAGAGAACUAUGGUUUCCUACUGAUUCAACUUUUGGUUUAAAAAUCAAUUUCUUUCCAGAUUAAGGAAAUACUAAUUCUUAAAUGGAAUUAGAAAUGUUAGGUUCUCUUAUUUGGGAAGGUGAUGCAUCAUCUGUUGUACCAGGUGCAUAAUUUGCUUAAUUUGUUGUUGAUCAAUUAUAUCUAACACCUAAAAAUGAUUAAUUUACAGCUAAUUUUAAUUCAAAUCUACCAUAAGGUGUAGAACCAUUCUAAACUAAUCUAAAAGCUAACAUGACUGCUAAAGACUUUCCAGCAUUUGGACUAACUAAAAAUGAUGUCAUUAAAGAAAAUGAUUUAGUUUAUUUAAGAUAAAAUAGAUUCUAUUUGGGUGCCAGACCUGUUGAUGCAGGAAGACCAUAUCCUAUUGAAAGAAGAACCUAUAGUCUUGCUGAUGAUUUAAUUGAUCCAGAAAGAGAGAUAUUCAGUACCUUAUUAAUAGUAAGUUAUAUGUUAAUACUUAUUAACAUCUGA